AUGUGUGGUAAAGCGUUUACAUAUGCAAAUAAACCAACAUUGGAUAGAAUCGAUAAUGAAAAACCACAUACCAAAGAAAAUUGUCAGUUAAUGUGUUGUUAUUGCAAUGUCGUGAAAUCAAAUAAAGAUGAAGAUGUUCAACGUUUAAGAAUCAAUUUAAGAAAUUAUGCAUUAAAAAAUAAUUUACCAAUGACUUUAGAUUCAGUUGAAGCUUAUCACAUUCUCCGUAAUGGAAUUACUGGUGGUUUAUCAAAUGUUCAACAUAGAGUAAAUCUUAAAGGAAUCACGCACAUUAAUAAACUUUCAUAUAAUCCAGAAACUAAAACUGUAUCAAAUGAGGACACCACCAACAUCAUGACUCAUUUCGUUGGAGUUGACUUUAAUUCAUUAUAUCCUUCAUCAUUUUCAUCUAAUCCUCAUGAUUUCAUUCAAUAUACUGACCAUAAAAUGUAUAUGCCGGGAAGAUUGAAUGGUGUUAUCAUUUGUGAUACAGCAACAAAGAAAGCAAAAGCACUGGGAAUAAUUAAGAAGAAAAAUACUUUAUUCGUGGCUGAAGUAAAGGGUCACAUUGAUGAAAAAUACAUUAAUGAUUACAUAAACUUUUUACCGAUAAUAAGAAACUUAGAUAUUAUCACAGAUGAAAAAACAAUUGGCAGUUUUAUGUAUAAUUACAUGAAAUCAAACAAUCUACCAGUUGACCAGAAACAGAGGAAAUUAACUCAGUUAGCAUCAACAUACAACCAAUAUCAACCAUUUUCUUCUUAUUAUCUUGGUAUCUAA